CUUCUUCAGACAUAUAUUUCCUCCUAUAGAUAUUAACUUCUUCUCAGUUCUUGAAACCAUAUCUUUAUUUCCUGCUUAUUCAAAUCAAAUUCAAAGAUGAGCCAAAACCAGCAGCAGCAGAAAAAUCAACCACCAGUUUCAUACCCACCACCAUCCAAGGCACCAGGACCCUAUGUAGCUCCACCACCAGCUGGUUACCCGAUGAGCAAAGACGACGGUCAGCAAUAUUCCCAGAACCCUGUUGCAGUCGAAACCAAGUCCAGAGGUGAUGGAUUCUGGAAGGGAUGUUGUGCUGCCCUGUGCUGCUGUUGUCUUCUGGAUGCAUGCUUUUGAAGAUUUACACUGCUUCAUUCGUUAGAGUUUAUUAUUCCAUUGUUUAUACAUACAUUUAGUUUGAUUGUUUGAUUCUCAUACACUGGGAAUUAUAGGGUUUCUUUUUGAUUAUUUGUAUAAAUGAGGAUGAUCAGACUUUUAGGUUUAUGAUCUCCACAUGUACUUAUGUUUGAAUAAAUUAUUAUUCAUAUUUCUCUAA